UGUGUGAAUGUGAAUUGUGAAAUUACCAUGGAAAUUACUCAAAUYAGUUAUUAGUUAUUACUUUAUUAUACAACGAAAUAGUCUCAGACGUCUAUAACUAAUUUUAGUUUAUAUAUAUUAUUGAAUUAUACGUGCAGGUAUUUAUAGAACCAUGAGUGGGGCAUAUACACCAGGAACAGUUCCAACAGCACCAUAUGGAUGGAAUCAGCAGACAAGUGUUUCACCAGCAAGUCCUUACACCCCACAACCUGAAUUUGUGAAAGCACCAUAUGAACUUAUUACCACGGUUGUUCCUGUUGGCCCCCACAGUACCCGAAUGGUUUGCUCGAAUUGCAGAAAAGAGAUAACUACAAAUAUAACUAAGAAACCGAGUACAAUGGCUUAUAUAUCCAGUUUAUUGUGUUGUGUGUUUGGAUGUUUCUGGGGUCCAUGCUUAAUACCGUUUUGUAUGGAUCAAUGUUUAAAUGUUGAACAUAAAUGCCCUAAAUGUGAAGUUUAUCUAGGGCAGUAUAUACGAUAAGUUGUGUAUAUUUUUAACAAAAAUCUUGAUAAAUGUUCAAAUUAACAAACAGUUGUUACUUACAAAACUUAGUAUACUAAUGCUUUCUCAAUGAGGCAGCUUGUUUGACGUAUUUAAAAGACAUUAUGUAUACUUACUAACAAUUAUUGUCUUUGGUGACUUGUAAUUAUGUGCCUUAAAGUAUUAUUGGAAAUAUAAAAUCUCUAAAACUACUUAUAAAUUAAAAAAAGAUUUAAUAUCAUAUUAGAAUUUAGU